UAGGAGGAGACUGACUGUUGGCAAAGUGCGAAAAUGACAUUUCGUCGCCGAAGGACUAUUUUAUUAUUUUUUUCCAGACCAAAUGUGAAUUGAAACAUAGGAAAACACUGAACUUGAGGGAAUUACAGUAGCAAAGCAGUCCAACGCAGCUUAGGUUUGGCUGUACGUUCAAAGGUUGGCUUGUGGAAACUGCCCAUGCCUCAUAGAGUGAGCAACCGACGCUAGCAGGCUAAGCUAACUGGCUAACUGUAGUUCCAGCAGGUAAAAACACAGAAUUGAUGUGUUUUGUUCUGAGACAGCGCCGGUCGUUCACAGCGUUUACGGCGCGUUUAGUCUUUUUCGUGCGUGCAGUUGCUGUAGUUAUGUAACCCGAGCUCAACCAAAGCUGACAUUACUCUGAGUGACACGUCGCUAUGCUAAUGUAACGUUAGCUGCUAAAAGUUAACGCACUUUCCUGUCAACAAACCGAAGCUAACAGCACAUAAACAACCUCUGAACUCAGCUUAGCGGAGGCAUUUCAUCUCGGUGGACAUGUAGACGUUAAACGGCUCAGUAGCUGUUUAAAUAACGCAGCUUGUCAAAAAUGAGGCGAGGUUGGAGUCUUGACAGCUUUAGACGAGCUGAGCUCCAGUGUCAGCAGUAAUUUAAUCUGAAUGGCCGUUUUCCUCUUAUUGUAGAGUAUAAAGUAGCUGUGAUUGCCUUAAAGGAUAGAAUGAGUCUUGCUGUCUGUUCGUCCUCCUAGUUAAGAGCCUCGAGUCGUGACUGAGCGGGUGUAGUACUGUAAUUGUGGGUGUUGAGCUGGUUGGUUGUUUAGCUGGUGUGCGCUGUGCGCUGAUGCUGGCCUGAAGCUGCUGAUGGCUCGGCUGGAAAAGCUGGAAAACGGGCGUCAGCCCGCGGACACCGUGAGUUUACAGACUGUGGGCAGCCAGCUGGAUGAGGAGAGCUCACUGGGCUCUGACUCGGAGGUGAAUGGAUUUCCCAGCUCAAGGGAGACGGACAAGUACGGGUUUAUUGGAGGCGCCCAGAAGUAUUCAGCAGAAUCGGCUCAGGAUGUGCCCCCAGAAGUGCUGAGGCAGAGAGAGGUGAAAUGGUUGGACAUGCUGAGUAACUGGGACAAAUGGAUCAGCAAGAGAUUCAAGAAGGUGAGGCUGCGAUGUCAGAAAGGAAUCCCUCCGUCGCUGAGAGGGAGGGCGUGGCUUUACCUGUCGGGAGGAAAAGUGAAGAAAGAACGAAACGGCGAAAAGUUCAAGGAGCUGGACAGCAUGGAAGGAGAUCCGAAGUGGAUGGAUGUGAUUGAGAGAGAUUUACACCGACAGUUUCCUUUCCAUGAGAUGUUUGUGUCACGAGGAGGACACGGGCAGCAGGACUUGUUGCGAGUGCUGAAGGCCUACACCCUAUACAGGCCGGAAGAAGGCUACUGCCAGGCUCAGGCUCCCAUAGCUGCAGUGCUGCUCAUGCACAUGCCUGCUGAGGAUGCCUUUUGGGGGCUGGUUCAGAUUUGUGAGAAAUACCUCCCUGGUUACUACAGUGCAGGCCUGGAGGCCAUUCAGCUGGAUGGAGAGAUCCUGAACGCACUGCUGAAGCGUGUGUGUCCUAUAGCAUACAAGCACCUGGACAAGCACAAGAUUGAGCCCAUCCUGUACAUGACUGAGUGGUUUAUGUGUGCGUUCUCCAGAACCCUCCCCUGGGCCUCUGUGCUCAGGGUGUGGGACAUGUUCCUGUGUGAUGGUGUGAAGAUAAUAUUCCGUGUGGGUUUGGUGUUGUUGAAGUCUAUGCUGGGCACUCGUGAGAAGCUGAAGGCCUGCCCUGGUCAGUAUGAAACUAUGGAGCUACUCAGAGCCCUGGAGCCCAAAUACAUGCAAGAGGCCUAUCUUGUACAACAGGUGCUGGAGUUGCCUAUCUCAGUGCGUAAUGUGGAGCGGGAGCACCGUGUACAGCUAAAACGCUGGAGAAAAACACACGGAGAACUCCGAUACAAAGCCGCGCCCAGAAUGCACGGCGCUCGGAUCAUCAUGGACGCUGAGCCUCACACACGGCAAGAUCUCCGCCAGAAGCCUACCAUCAUUGUCCAUUACCCAUCAGCCCCUGAGCUCAACCCUGACUUCAAUCGGGGUAAAAAGCGAGGGACUCUCAGGAAAAAUCCAACACCUGCUCCCAACAUUCCAAACCCAUAUGCCUUACCCAGCGACCAUACAUCUGCCCAGCAAGCAGCUACUGCUAAUCAGUCUGGCCAGCCAUCAGCCGCAGCAGAGCCGCCUCAGAAUCCUGCAGCUUCAAAGAAAACAUCUCAGCCACUGCAGCAGCCUUCACUGACUGACCAGCAGGGGCAUGUUAAAGAACUUCCUCCAGUAGAGGGGCUCAAACUGUCUCCUAACAAUUCAGUCAAACAGAAUUCUUCUGCACCAAACACUUCGUUCAUUGAGCCUGCAAACCCAUCUACUCAACCUUUGUACUUUCCUCCACCACCAAGCCCACCUUUCAACGAGCCGCCACCACCACCACCACCACCACCAACUCCACCUCUUCCACCACCAACUCCACCUCCUCUAGCACCUCCUGUAGAAGUGCCACUCCAAAACUGGCGUCCGCACCUGCAAGACUAUCCACCUCUCCAUGGCUUAGGAUCUGUUACGACACCAGUUCCCAUUCCUGAGGACUCAGAAGUCCAUGAAAUUGUGGAAAACUCAACUGCUUUGGCUCCACCACCCACUACAGAUUCAGCCCCUCUGCUUACACCCAGAGCACCUGCCAACAAGGACUUUCAUGCAACCCAUGAUAACGACAUUCUAUGCCACUCAAGUGAAAGUGUCAACAGUUCAGAGGACACUUACUUAUAGUUUUUGUCACCAUCUAGUGGUGUGGAGUAGCAGGGGUGUUUCUAGCAUGGUCUGAAGUCUGGCAGACAGCAAAAGGGGAGAAGGACUACAAAAUAGCAGAGAGAGCAAAUUUGUCUUCUAGACGUUUAUUUCAUGGGAGAGCUUUAGUUGUUACAAACACAUCCAUAACCUAUGAUAACCUUGCCAUUAAUUCACUACUGAGGAAAGCUCACUUGAGAAAAACUUUCAUCCUGAGAAAACCAAGAUGUGAAAGUGCCAGAAGGAUGCAGCAAUGGAUGUUUAAAUUUCACUUUGAGGGAGCCUCCAUCAGCAUUCAUCUCUGACCACUCGUAUAAAUAAGUUACACAGGUCACACAGUUUUACUUCUCUCAGGCUUGCCAUAAAGGACCAUAUAUAUUACUGAAAUGGCCUUUAAGUGCUGCACAACUGUCAAAAACUCUAAAGACUUCCUUGGCACUCUGACAUUUGGUCCUCUAAAGCUGAUGGGAAGUUAGUGGAUUAGAUGUGUGGGGUGGUAACUCAUGUCCACACUGCUUUCGGAUCAGUUUCAGCACUCAGUCAUGUUUAAGUCUCUAAUUUUUAGAUGCUUUCUGUUACUCUUUCAUUUGCUGCUUUGAAAACGAGGCCAUUCUAACACAUUUGUACUCAAAUACACUUGUAUAACUGUCCUUCCUCAUAAAUGCAUAGCAAGGCCCACUAAUGCAGAACCCUUACUCAAAUGACUACGACCAAACCAUUUGUGCUUUUCAGUUUACAUGAGUGCGAAGAUUGCUCAUUGUAGCACAUCGCUGCUUUUGGAACAAAACCUCUUGUCUUCAUUUUGUUUUUCAGUUCAUAAUUUGAAAAUGCACGUUGCUCUUUACAUUGUGUGUAAAUUUCACAAUGAAUGAAAGAAAACAACCUUGAGGGAGAA